AGAAGACCGCAGCGGAGAUAAUUAGCUGACCGUCUCUCUUCCAGCAUCAUCAGGCACCGCCAUCACUUCUCUUCUGGCUUAACGCAAAACAGGAUUCUAUUGUCAUCCGUCUCCGUAAAUAUAAUAUCUGACAUCAGAAUGUCUGACAAGAGCGAGCUGAAGGCUGAACUGGAGCGGAAGAAGCAGCGGAUUGCCCAGAUUCGAGAGGAGAAGAAGAGAAAAGAGGAAGAGAAGAAGAAGAAGGAUGGAGACUCGAAGCGAGGAGCUGAUGCCGCUGGGGGAUCCUCGGGUGGUCACGAGGACUCCGACCUGGAGAGGAAGAGGAGGGAGGCGGAGGCGCUGCUGCAGAGUGUCGGCAUCACCCCCGACAUCCACCAUGCUCAGCCCCUGAGGGUAGUAACAGAAGAUACAUGUCUGUUUCACUACCUAGUCCCCGCCCCCAUGUCUCCCUCCAACAAAUCAGUGGGCAGCGAUGCAGGAAGCCAAGAUUCCGGGGAUGGAAACGCAGGACCAAGGACAUUGCAUUGGGAUCCUGACCCCUCUACUCUGCAGCUGCACUCCGACUCUGAGCUGAUGGGACGUGGAGCCGUGAGGCUGGGAAUGUCCAAAGUGACCCAGGUGGAUUUUGCCCCAAAGGAAAUGGUGUCCUAUUCCAAAGAAACACAGACACCCACCGAGGCACAGACACACACCGAUCCAAAAGCAGAUGAGGAAGAGGAUGAGGAGAUAAUCCGUCCAGUUGCAGAGGACACCCAGGAGGAUAAAGGCGAACACGGUGAACAGCCAGAUGAGGACACCCCAAAAGAGCUCACAGAGGAAGAGAAGCUGCAGGUCCUGCACUCCGAGGAGUUCCUGUCCUUCUUCGAACGAGGCAGCAGAAUCGUGGAGCGAGCCCUCGCCGAGCAUGUGGACGUCUGCUUCGACUACAGCGGCAGAGACCUGGAAGACAAGGAAGGUGAUCUGCAAGCCGGCGCAAAGCUGGUGCUCAACAGACAAUUUGCAGAUGAGCGCUGGACUAAAAACCGAGUGGUCACCUGCCUGGACUGGUCACCUCAGUAUCCCGAGCUGCUGGUGGCCUCGUAUAACAACAACGAGGACGCUCCCCAUGAGCCCGACGGAGUGGCACUAGUGUGGAACCUGAAGUACAAGAAGAGCACACCAGAGUACAUCUUCCAAUGCCAGUCAGAGGUGAUGUCAGCCGGGUUCGCAAAGUUCCACCCCAACCUGGUCGUGGGCGGGACAUACUCCGGACAGAUUGUCUUGUGGGACAACAGGAGCAACAAGCGCACCCCUGUUCAGAGAACACCCCUGUCUGCGGCGGCACACACACACCCGGUUUACUGUGUGAACGUGGUAGGAACCCAAAACGCAAACAACCUGAUCAGCAUUUCCACCGAUGGCAAGAUGUGCUCCUGGAGCCUCGACAUGCUCUCCCAGCCACAGGACAGCCUGGAGCUGGUAUUCAAACAGAGCAAAGCGGUGGCCGUCACCUCCAUGGCCUUCCCCCUGGGCGACGUCAACAAUUUUGUGGUGGGGAGCGAGGACGGCUCGGUCUACACAGCCUGUCGCCACGGGAGCAAAGCGGGGAUCACCGAGGUGUUUGAGGGCCAUCACGGUCCGGUGACCGGGCUGAGCUGUCACAGCGCCGGAGGACCCGUCGACUUCUCUCAUCUCUUCAUCUCCUCCUCUUUUGACUGGACUGUCAAGCUGUGGAGCACUAAGAGCACCCGUCCGUUGUACUCGUUUGAAGACAGCUGCGACUACGUCUACGACGCCAUGUGGUCCCCGACACACCCUGCUCUGUUUGCCUGUGUGGACCUGGCCGGACGCCUGGACCUGUGGAACCUUAACAAUGAUACAGAGGUUCCCACUGCCAGCGUGUGUGUGGAGGGCGCGCCAGCAGUGAACCGCGUUAGGUGGGCUCACUCCGGUAAAGAGAUCGCCACCGGGGACUCGGACGGGCAGGUGCAGGUCUACGACGUAGGAGAGCAAAUAUGCGUUCCCAAGGCCGACGAGUGGACGCGCUUCGUCAGGACGCUGACAGAGAUCAACGAGAGCCGAGACGAAGCCGAGGAGCUGGCCAACGUCUAAAGGUCACGGACGACCGCUCAUACAUUUCUUCUCCAGGACACUACGCCACCUAUAGCACACUACCCGAUACUGCCAGAGGAGCAGACCCCCCCCUCGCUCCGGCUUCCAGCUUUUUCCACUUACUACUACAUGAGUCAGCCUGAGGAGAUUUGCAGAGCUAGAACGGAUAGGAAAGAAAGUCGAUGACGGGUUUUUAAAAGUAGGAGUUGUACAAAGUAAAGUGGUUGGUGCAACGAAUGUAAUUUGUAGCAGUACAGAGGCCACAGUUAAGUGUUUGAACGUUAAACUGGCAGAGGAACACAGGGAAGGGAUUUUUAGUAUAGAUGUGACUUCUAGCUUUGAGAACAUCCUCAGGGCUCCAGAAACUGCUCCUCAUCUCCUGAGGCCUCAACCAACUCAGUCCUUUUUUAAAUAUGCAAACCUUUGUACUUGCACCUUUUUAUUACCAUUUGAGUGUUUUUACAUGUUUUAAUAUUUUCCGGACACGCUUGAGCACACGGCUAAGUCAUUCAGCAGAGGUCAAAGGAAGACACGCUGACAUAUCUCUAUCCGCAGCAGCACUUGAAUUACAACAGACUACAGCUAAUGUGCUUACACAAGCAAACUGUGGCCUGCGUGGAAUUGUGUCACUUACAUUUCAACCACUACAAUGUUUUAAUAUUUAUUCUAGUGGUUGCACUUAUUUAAAUAUUUUAUGUAUCGUUUGAAAAAGAGGCUGCUUUGUACUAAAAGCUUUAGUACAUUACUAAGAUUAGCACUACAAGCUUUUUAACCAGGCAACGUCUGUUACUAUACUUGCCUUGAAUUUAUUGAUACUAGUAUCAUUUAAAAAUGGUUUCUGUACCAAAGGUUGUUGUACUCUGUACCUGUAUAACGAGUAGAACUGAGUGACCUGUCCUUGUUAUGAGGAGGUGCAAACUCUAAUGCCCUUUACCACACAUGAAUUGAGUUUCAUUCUUUUCCUUUUCCAUCCAAUCGUUAAUUCCCUCCAGGAUGAAGCAGUCCAACCUCAGCAGACCUGUAGAAAUGUCUGCCUGAAAUGCUUUCUUUAAUGUUUGAAAUUAGUUGAACGAGAUCAGUAUUCUGUAUCGACAAAUUGUACUGUAUUUUUUCCUGUUACCUUGCCUGAAUCAGUUGAUAGUUGCACUUUUCCAUUGGAAUAAAAAUCAAACUCAAUUGGUAAAAUUAAAACCAUAUGGAUGAUUUAUUUCAAUAAAAUACAGUGACUGAA